GCGAGCUGGGCACGCAGCGGCGGAGUGCAGGGUGAAGACUAACUGGAACCCCAGCAGCAGGCCCCCCGAGAUGCUCUGGGCAUGGCCUCUGGAGCCCCACAGCAGAGCAGCCAGAUGGCAGAGGAGACCCCAGGCUUCCUGGAUGCACUCCUCCACGACUUUCCAGCCCCACUGAGCCUGGAGAGCCCUCUGCCCUGGAAGGUCCCGGGGACAGCACUGAGCCAGGAGGAGGUGGAGGGCGAGCUGGCCGAGAUGGUGAUGGGCUUCCUGGCCAGCAGGAAUGCUCCACCACUGCUUGCUUCAUGUCUGGCCCAUGAGGCAGUUUCCCAGCUGCUGCAGACAGACCUGUCUGAAUUCAAGAUGUUGCCCAGGCAGGAAGAGGAGGAGGACCACGACAAGGAAGAGGAGAAGGCCCCUGUGACCUUGCUGGAUGCCGAGGGCCUGGCAAGGACUUUCUUUAACCAGCUCUGGGAAGUAUGCAGCCAGUGGCAGAAGCAGGUGGCCUUGACUGCCCAGGUUCCACAGAGGCAGUGGCUGGUCUCCAUCCAUGCCAUCCGGAAUACUCGCCGCAAGAUGGAGGAUCGGCACGUGUGCCUUCCUGCCUUCAACCAGCUUUUCGGCCUGCCCGACCCCGUGGACCGCGCCUACUUUGCCGUGUUUGACGGUCACGGAGGGGUGGAUGCUGCGAGAUACGCCGCUGUGCACGUGCACGCCAAUGCUGCCCGGCAGCCAGAGCUGCCCACAGACCCUGCGGGAGCCCUCAGAGAAGCCUUCCGGCACACCGAUGAGAUGUUUCUUUGGAAAGCCAAGCGAGAGCGGCUGCAGAGCGGCACCACAGGUGUGUGUGCACUCGUCGCAGGAAAGACCCUGCACGUCGCCUGGCUCGGGGACUCUCAGAUCAUCCUGGUGCAGCAGGGACAGGUGGUGAAGCUGAUGGAGCCGCACAGACCCGAGCGACAGGACGAGAGGGAGCGCAUUGAAGCACUGGGUGGCUUUGUGUGUCACAUGGACUGCUGGAGAGUCAAUGGGACCCUGGCUGUCUCCAGAGCCAUUGGGGACAUCUCCCAGAAGCCCUACGUGUCUGGGGAGGCGGACGCAGCCUCCCGAGAGCUGACAGGCUCCGAGGACUACCUGCUGCUCGCCUGCGACGGCUUCUUCGACGUUGUCCCCCACCAGGACGUGGCUGGCCUCAUCCAGAGCCACCUAGUCAGGCAGCAGGGCAGUGGGCUGCACGUCGCUGAGGAACUGGUGGCUGCAGCCCGGGAGCGGGGCUCCCACGACAACAUCACGGUCAUGGUGGUCUUCCUCAGGGACCCCCGAGACCUGCUGGAGGGCGGGGCCCAGGGGGCAGGGGACUUGCCCUCUGGCAUCUCAGAGCCAGAGACCAACACUCUGCAGAGAAGCUAGGAGGUCCAGGCCCCCCGCCUGCUCCCUGUGAUCCUCCCUCAGAUGCCUUAGGACCAGACAGAUGGCAGUGGGCAGGUGGCAACACCCACGCAGUACUUUCCCCAGGACCCCGAGCCCCUCGUGCUGCUUGCAUCAGCCCAUCUCGGCGGCAAGACCUGCACUGGGUGGUGAGUGUCUCGCCUUGCUGGCGACAGGCAGUGGGACGGCGGGGUCUCUGAAGGAGGCCUAGGGAGGAGACCUCACGACAGUGACGAGGCCCGGGAGGUGGACCGGCC